CGUGUUUGUCUUGCCCUGGAGGGGGCCGCGCGGAAGGGUAGCGACUCGCCCUGGCGAAGCAGAAGAACCGAUGGGCUGGAACGGGCGGAGGGUUGACUGAGGCUCGGGCUCUGGGAGGAGCUAGUCGCCCCUCGGUUUCCACGACCACGCCUGGUGGGUACGCUGUGUGCCUGCUGCUGCCUUCAGCUCCGCUGGUGUCCCGGUUGCACUGCUUCAGCACCAUCGGUUUAUAUUACUUUCAGACUCAAAAGAUGGCAGUCACUGACCUAUACUCCACAUCAGCUCUACCUGUACAGGAUUUUACCUGCUUCUGUAUGAGAAAAAUGGAGGAAGAAAGAAUAGUUGCUGAACUGCUGACAAUCUGGUUACAAGAACCAGUGACCAUCAGGGAUAUAAUUGUGGAAUUCACCCCAGAGGAGUGGUUGAUGCUGGACUCUGCUCAGAGAAAUCUGUACAAAGAUGUAAUGUUUGAAAACUAUAGAAAUCUUACUGCAGUGGAGGAUCAGUUGUGCACACUUUCUGUGAACUCCUUCUUAGAUCAAGAAGAGAUAAGUAUGAAAAGAAUUUCCCAAGCUCUCUGUCCAGACUGGAUGAUUGAAUUUAAAACCAAAGAGUCAAUUCCUACACAUAAUAUCUCUGGGGAGAAAUCAUCCACUGGAGUAAAAAUACGAUUCAUAAUGAACAGCAGGUUCUCCACAUUAAGAGAAAACUGGGAAUGCCAUAAGAUACGAACGCAGCACAAAAUCCCAAAGAGAUGUUUCAGGCAAGUGACACAUACACAAAAGAAAACAGCAUCUGAGGAGAAUGUCUCUAACUAUCAUGAAUUACAGGAAAGCUCUAAACUUAGGUCAGAACUUACAUUUUCACAGAGAGUUUCCACCAGUAAACAUAAAUGUAACUCAGCACUAAACAGUUACAAGAAAAAUUCUAUGAAUGAAAAGACCUGUGAAAGUCAUGAAUAUGAUCAUUCUCUAUGGCAUCGUGCAAGAACUUCAGCAACACAAAAACAUGCAUGCUGUCAAUAUGGUAUGCCCUUCAAAUACAAUAGUAUGCUUCCUAUACAUAAUAAUCUUCAUGUAGUGGGAAGUUCCUGUAAAUAUGUUAAAAAUAAGCCCUUUUUUCAUCAUUCAUCUCUUAAGCAACGAGAGCAAAUUCAUACUGAAGACAAAGAGUAUGAAUGUAAUCAAUGUGGAAAAGCCUGCAGAAGGAUCUCUAAUUUUAUUUUGCACAAAAAAAGUCAUACGGGUGAGAAACAAUAUGAGUGUAAAGAAUGUGGGAAAAUAUUCGGUGAUUCCUCAACUUUAAGAAGACAUGAAAGAACUCACACUGGAGAAAAACCCUAUGAAUGCAAUCUGUGUGGAAAAGCUUUCAGUCAAAAAACAACUCUUAAAGCUCAUAUGAGAACUCACACUGGAGAGAAACCUUAUCAGUGUAAUCAGUGUGGAAAGUCCUUUGGCACGGGCUCUUACCUUAUAGUGCACAAGCGAAUACACACUGGAGAGAAACUCUAUGACUGUAGUGACUGUGGAAAAGCCUUCAACACAAGCUCCCACCUUAAGGCUCAUAAGAAAAUACACACUAGAGAGAAUCUUUUUGACUGCAGCAACUAUGGGAGGGCUUUUAGUGGUCUCUCUUCCCUUAGAAUGCACAUCAGAACUCACACUGGAGAAAAGCCUUAUGAAUGUAUGGAAUGUAGGAAAGCUUUCCGCGUUUCCUCUUCCCUUAGGAGACAUGUGAGAAUUCACACUGGAGAGAAGCCCUAUGAAUGUAUUCAAUGUGGAAAGGCUUUCAUUCAGAGCUCUUCACUUACUAUACACAAGAGAAUUCAUAAAGGGCCAGAAACUGUAUAAGUGCUAUAAAUGUAGAAUUGACUUUUUCAAUAUCUUAUAGGUACCUUCAAGUUUUUUUUUAUUUCCACUUAAGGGUAUUAAUGGCCUUGAAAAACAUUCAUGUAGUUUUCUUCUAUGGUAAUUUAUAUUUAGUUCUGAGUACUGUCUUUUGUCAUUUGAUUCUGGCUAUUAUUGAAUAUGUGUGAUAAGAUUUUCAGUUGCCUUCUGAUUAAGAAUUUUGUUUGUUGCAUUGUUUUCAUGGCACCUAGCCUGGUACUAUAUUGGUACUGUAUUUUCCUCAGAGUUUUGUUAUAUCCCAGUGAGGUGGAUACUGUAACUAAGCUAACAACACUCAGCCUUCCUUACUAGUAAGUCCUGUUUUAGUUAAGUGUACUGAUUUGCCUAGUUAUAAAAGCUUUCUCAGAUUCUUUGUUCACAAGGAUGGCCAUCUCCGUAACUCCUUACCAGUCAAAAAUAGACUAAUAUCAUUGGGAACUGAAUUGUUUAUUCUUUCUGCCUUUCACACAGUGCCUUUCUACCUUGUCCAUUCUUCUCUCCCUUGGAAUUUUCCAGUCUUGGAGCUGAAAGUUCCACCUUGGGACAUAAAAAGGACAAUCUUUGCCUAAGGAUAAUAUACAAGAGAUCCUAGUCCCCAAAGACACCUUUAAAGAGCUCUGUUAGCUUUCCACUGCUUGUUUCAAGAUUUCUUUUUAUGUGCAACAACAACAAAAGCUUACUGUUUUUACAGCACUACACAAGUACAGUCAAUACUUAGACCUUAACUUUUAAAAACCAUGGGAAAAUGGAGUUAAGUGUGUUAAAGAUACGCAUUUGAAAAGGAACCUAUAAACCGAGUUUAGGAGUGCUAACAGCAUUUUUUUGCUUAUGCGGGAGAUGAAGAUAGCUGGCAUUACUGGAAACAGCUCAUCAGAGAAGCAAGAAAGAAAUCUCAGCGUUUUAGCACCAGAAAUGCUGAAAGUUUUAGAUAGAAGGGAAAUUACUAACUUGAAAAAGUGGAGCUUGAGAUUUCACCUCCUGGCCUUUCAGACACUGCCCAGAGAUUGGCUCUAAUAUAUAGUUUGAAACAAAAUGUGGAAAAACGCAUAUGACAGGAUAGUAGUUGUAUGUUUAGUCAUGUUAAUUUUGUAGCACAGAGACAUUAAACAGCUAAAUAAUACAGCUCUAGACUUGACGAAGUAUCUAGAAUAAAGGUGCAUUUUAAUGAUCCUUGGGAUAGACUAAUAGCAUUUGUGAAAGUGACUAAGAUUGGCCAGGGGAAAUGGAGUGAAGAGAGGGUAUCUGCCAUCGACCAUGAGGAAUAUUUAAAAGAAAAGGAAUAAACCACAGUAGACAAUGGGGAAACCAGAGAUAGGAGCAGUUCACCAAAGCAAGACAAAUCAAAUGAAUGUGAAGUUAACUGUUUUCAGUGUUACAUACGGGUCCAAUUGGAUGAAGUCUUAAAAAGUGAACCCAAAUGGAGUAUAAAGAAGGUAGAAAAAUUUGAAUAUUCACUUAAAACAACUUUCAUUUCUGAAACACUAGUUUGUCUUGGUGAAACUCUAUUCCUCUUAAGAAAGAAACUACAACAUUCUGGGAAGCUGAGACAGAAAGAUCACAAGUUGGAGUACACCCUCAGUAGCAGCAGCUUAGCAAGACCCUGUCCCAGAAAGGGAUAUGGAGUAGAUUCAUUCCCUAGUACCACCAAAAAAAAAAAAAAAAGCUGUUUGAGGUGGAGGUAGUAGAGGCCACAACCCCACCGCUUUGUAACCUUAGUGAGACUUGGGUCUUACUGAGUCACUGAGUUGCCAGGCUGGGCCUUAAACUUCCAACUGUCCUGCCUUAGCCUCCCAGAGCUCUGAAAUUACAGUGGUGCACUACACAGCCACCCUUUAUACCUCUAGUCUCUCCCUACCUGAACCUGGCAUAUUCAUCCUUAUGCAUUGUAUCCUUUGCUGUAACCGCUUGUGUACCUUGGUUCUGUCAAUUUUGGUGAGGUAGAAAUUCACUGUUUUACUACUUAUUUUGUGGCCCAAAGUGUUCUGUAUUCAACAAACUUUAUAGCUUUUAUUUUAUUUUGUUUCUCAGUAGAAGUUUAACUUAAGGGUAUUUAAGUGAUUGUUCAAGGCAGCAAUCACUGAAUCAGUAUCUUAUUUUCUCCAAGCACUGGAAUCACCUCUCCCAGAGCAGGUGUUGCAGCAGUACCUAUGGAAAGAUAAUGACCGUUCAGAGAACAGCAGCUCAGUGUUUGUUUGGUCUCACCCCUCACCCAACAUACGGAUUAUUUUCAGCGUGGUCAUUGUUCAUGUCACUCUACUGUGUAUUACAUUAAAAAACAGGGGGCUGGGGAUUUAGCUCAGCGGCAUAAGCGCCUGCUUUGUAAGCAGGCAGUCGUGAGUUCGAUCCCUGGUACCGAUAAAAAGGAAAAAGGCAAAAUAAAAAAUAAAAAACAGAUUGACCCAGAAUAGGUGAGCAGCAGUGUCCUCCAUUAAACUAGCAAUAUAAGUACAGAUUAAUGGAACGGCCCUCCUUUGUCUGCAGUUUUGCUUUCCAUUAUUUUAGUUACCCACAUGAGCUGGAAAUAUUAAAUGGAAAAUUACAAAAAUAAAGAACUCUUUAAGUUUUG